AUGGAUCAUUUUGAGCUUAUUCUGCAAUGGAUUAAUCAUACUCAUCGACUGCUUGCGCGCAAUGAAGAGACCCGAAAAGUCUGGGAGAUGCUUGUGCUACAGGAAGGCCUGAAGGAACCAUUUCUCAUGCAUGGAAUUUUAGCAUUGUCGGCCUUGCAUCUCGCUUACCUACGUCAAGACGGUCGACGUGUAAUGUGGCUUGAUUUAGCCAUAGCGCACAAGAAUACAGCUCUUUCUAUGUUCACAGCUCAACUCCAGAACAUUGCUCUUUCAAACGCAAAAGCCAUGAUGGCCUUUGCUAGCUUGGCAUUCGCAUUUAGCCUCGCAAGUGUUCUUAAUGUUGAUUCAGAGGAGGAUGGACCUAGUUUGAGCUCUCUCACUGAUGUCUUCUAUCUGGCUCGUGGGGUUCAAGCAGUGAUGGUUACGAAAGAAGGGUUUUUACGGGAAAGCAAUUUUGCACCUCUUCUCAGCAUCUUCCGCCCCGAAGUCACUAUCCCGAUGGACACUCUUGGUGCCUUGGAUCAACUUGAGCACCUACUGAUUCAAUGCAGCCAAGCCGGCGGUCUUGGCUCCCCAUCCUACAUUCGUGAAAUUGAAUCCAUGCGUGGACUUCUUCCUUUCACAUAUGAUAAGCCAACUUCUAUGACUAUGGCGGGUGGUUGGGCUAUUCGACUGACCCAAGAUUAUUUCGAGGACCUUCAAAGCCAGAAACCCCUUGCGCUCGUUGUUCUGGCUCAUUAUUGUGUUUUCCUCCACAUGGCCCGAGAAAACUGGUGCAUAUCAUCAUGGGGCAGGAGGGUGUUCUUAGACAUCAGGGAUCAUUUAGAUCCCGUCUGGCAUCCCCAUAUACAAUGGGCAAGUCUCAAUAUAAUCGGCGCGGAUACAUAA